CAAGUUCCUUCUUGAAAUUAAAAGCACUUAUUGUGCGCAGUUAACACGCUUAUUUACAACUAAAGAGGCAUUGAAGGAAGAUUAAGUUAUUAUCGAACGAUUUGUUCAUUCAACAUGGUUUCCUUCUUCCACGUGUCAGCGAUACUGGUUGUGCUGAUAUUCCAGUUUCAUUUGUUGAGAAGUACAUAUGAGGAAUGUAAGGAUGCAUUUAAUAAUGCAGAGGACGUUAAAGUUUGUCCAAGGUCAAAAGAAGAGUGGGACAUCGCUGCCCGUAGAAAAAAUUGUAGUAAACAAGCAGUGUUAGCAGAAGGAAAAAAUUGCACAAUUAAAAAAAAACAACUCGAGUACCAUUGUCUAAUCAACGCGUUCAGAAAUAAGUUAUUGGAAGUUUGUGAACCAGCAAAAACAAUUUUUGGACAUUGUGCAGAGUACAAUGAACUUGGAAUGGUUAUUCAAAAUCAUUAUUCAGCCGAAUGCAAUCAAGUAUUUCCAAAAUGUGAUGAAUCCUACAGAUCCUCGGAUGCAUAUAAAUAUCCUGACUGUUAUAAGCUUGUUAACCAAACACACGCUUCAAAAGAUGAUCCAGAAAUCGGAUAUGAUACAACAAAUAUCAUCAUACCAACACUGACUGCUGUCAUUGCACUUUGCUGUUUAGUCAUAGUACUGUGUUGUAUAAGAGGAAGAAAGUUAAAACAGAAAAAAGAAAAUGACGAAGAAAACUGUGAAUGUUUAUUGGAUACUGUACCAGAAAACAAAGGAGCAGAAUCAAAGCCACGCAUUCAAUAUUUCUGUUACAAAAUCGACAAAUUUGAACAUUUCUAUUAUUUUUGCAAACAAGUAAAAGAAUUUUUACGAAGGAACAAGGAGAGUGAAAAUAAUGAUCUGAUAGACGAUAAGUUUAAAGGUGACUUUGUCAAAUGUGGUGUGAUAGGAGAAUUUACUGAUGAUGACCUUCUUUUACUCCCCAAAGGGAAAAUAUAUGAGAAGAAUGAAAAUGAAAACCAUUGGGAAGCAGUUCCUGUACUUUGCUUUCAAAACAAUCUUCCACUGCAAUCAGCAUUAGAGGUCUGCCAAAGAGAAGGUGCAUGUAACUUGAUCCUUAUCAAAUCCAAUAAAGAUGAAACAGACGAAGUAGAUGAUUUUAUCAUAAAUGUUGGUCGGAACAAAACAAAUAUUUUGGUGGCUAUAAUAUCAUGUUUGGAACAACCACUAUGUAAAAUGCUUAAAAAAUGGUUAAAUCUGUAUUCAGAGGAUUCAGAUAUACGCUCUGAUAUAAAUGCUCUCUGUAAGAUGAGACUAAACAACGACGACGAAACAGACAUAUUCGAGAUUCCAGAAGAUUUAAAGAAAUACCUGUCUGGAAAUUCUGACAUAACGAGUUAUGCAUGGAUGACAGAUCAUACACUCCAGUUAUGUGUCAAACAAACAACCGAUGAAAAGAAACUGAAGGAUGAGUUAAAGGGUUUGGACCCAAAGUUCUAUGCAAAGUGCCUUGUUUUCAUAGACAAAAGAAAAUCAGUGAAAAGGAAUACAGGAGAUGUGGUUAAAAAAGAUGACGUUGAAUUGAACAAACCCUAACCGAAAAGUUUUUAAUCUACAAAACGUAAAAAAUCCAAUUAAACUUCAAACAAUAUAUAUUCAGAAAAGGCAGACAGAAUACAGAAAGCAAGCAAAAUCUAAGCCUGACCUUAAUCUAUUCCGGCAGCAGUGAUAUUAACUCUGAUGAAUUAAAACGACUUACACUUCGAUAAUAAUAAUCAGUUUUCAUGAAAUGUCAAGCUAUUUUGAAAUCAAAAUAUAAAACAGAUAACAUGCGUUCUUUGCCUUGAACAUUACCAAAGAGUUGUUCUACUGAUUCGAGCAGAAUCUUUGUUUUAAAUUCGUUAUAGGACGAAAUAUGCAUAUUUGUCGUGUACCCAGUUAGUAUUAUGAAGAUGACUGUUUGUAAACGUUUAUGUUUUCAACCACAAAUAUGUUUACAUUAAUAUCGCUCUCUAGCAGCAAAAUUAUUCCCCUUACCUUUGUCAGAAAAAAAUAUUUUUUUUUAAACUUCAAUUUUUACGAUGUAAUUUGGUGCCGAGCAAAGCGAGGGAGAAAUCAAAUUGUAUAUUUUUAAAACAUGUAUAGUGCAGCCAUUCCAACGCCUUCCAGAAAGAAAACGCACGGAUCAUUAUUUGGCACGUGUAGUUUCUUUGUCAGCUCGAUUGGAAUAGCUUUUUUUAUAUUUUGUAUAUUUUUUUCAUUUAUACACAUCUAGUCUGAAAAUGGCAAUAAUGUAGUUAAAAUAUUUUGUUAUCAGUUCGCAAUGUGUGCGGUUGUUGGCACGGUUUAUGAGUAUUAAAAGCUUGAUUUUGUUUAAUUGGAUGUAAAAUUUAUAUAAUGUUCAAUAAUUUCAGAGUUUACAUGUGUUUUCUGUAAAAUUCAUUUUUUAUUUGAUAUAAAACUAUAAUUUUAUUAUUAACAUUCAAAUGCAUUUUACAUGCGAUAAGUAAAAAACAUUCAAGAUAUUCUUAAUCCAAAAUCCGCAUGGUAAUGUACUCUUACCUUUUUUUAAUUUAAUCUUUGGCAUAAACGUGUUUAGAUGCAAAAAAAGAUAAGGAAUAAAUUUCAAUAGAUCUAUAUAAAAUUGAGAAAUGUCUUGUGUGUUCUUAAUGUAGUCUAUAAAUGGCUAUGACUUAAAAAACCUCUUAAGACAAUUGAACAACAAAUGAUCUUUGAAUUAAAAAAAAAAAAAUCUUUUAUUGUUUUGUUACAAUGAUUCGAUGCCUACAUCAAUUUUUCAUUAUUAGUCUGCUAAGUGGUUCUUGUGUGUUUAGACGCCACACUUGGGAGGGAAGUUAUGUUAAAAGUCAUACAUUUGUGGAAAUUAUUGUACAAUGGAACAAAAAGUGGGUCGUAAUGAAUGACUUUAUACAUUUUGGUAAAAAUGAAAAUGUCUCUUCCAAAAAUAGUAUGAAUCAAAGCUAAUCCAUUUAAAAUAUUCUUCUUAUAUAUGUAUAUCCCGCUGUAUGACAUUUGUGUUUUUUUGUGAAUGUGAGUAUGUGAUCGGUUAUUAAAGUAUGUAUAAGCUCAUUGAAAUGAAAAUUAGAAAAAUAUAUUUAAAAAGAUGUACAUGUAUGUGCUAAGUGCAGGCUUCGUAGCUAUCCUUUCCAAGAAUAUGGCAUUAACUCGAUAGAAAAGUGAAAGCAAGUAAGCAAGUUCAUUGAGGAGUGAAAGAAUAAUUUUAUGGCAAUUCCCACAGGAGAUAUGAGAGAGAAGAACAUUAGUUUGUCAGGAAGGGGUAUCUCAUAUCAAUGAGCAUUACUUGUUCUAAAGACAUCGUGUUACUUGUAAAUAUGUAAGUAAAGUUGUAAAUAUGUAUAUAUUUUAGAUGCCAGUGACAAGGAGGACCCUCGUCACAAUUAUAAUGACUAAGUCGUUUAGAACUGAAAAAAUACCCCAAAAAAUUGAAACCGGUAAUUGUAUUUAUCAUGUCUGUACAUAUCAUAUUGUGUAGAAAUCCACAACAAAACCAACUGAUGUUAGUUGCUUUAGUUAUUUCCUCAACUCUGUGAAACAGUAUUCACAUAGCUGUCUUUUAAAAUAAACGGAC